UCCCCAGAUUACCUUUGGGUGGCCACCGUUCUCGCAACGAUCGGAAAGUUCGGGGCGUCCGGCGCCUACGCCAACAUCUGGCUGUUCUCCGCCGAGCUGUUCCCCACUGUGCUGCGGAGCAGCGGGCUGUCUUCCGGCUCGUUCUUCGCCAGGAUGGGUGGCCUCAUCUCCCCUUACAUAGCCAACUUGGUAAGGUUUGUACAGUCCAGGCCAAUGCAUUAGCGUUACAUCGUUUGUUAUACAUUUGUGUGUGUGAGCAGGGGCGGCACUUAUUUUGGGGUAUUUCGGCCCACUUCAUAUUCUUAUAUAACUCAUUUUUUUGUAAUGUAAUGUGGUUUCAGUUAUUUAUCAGGGGCUAGAAGGUCGCCGCUCUUUGGACUGUUGCAUGUUUGUUUUUCUUGUUAUAGGGCAGUCAAGACGACGGCGUGGUGAUACAAAUUUUGCCCCUAAUGAUAUUUGGCGCCCUAUCUCUCAUUGCCGGAGCCCUCGCCUAUCUCCUGCCCGAGACCAAAAAUGCCCGUCUGCCGGAAACGAUAGCAGAAGCGAUCCGCUUUGGAAGGUGA